AUGUGUACAACCAAUCUACAUAAUAAAAUUGCUUACAUUUCUGCACAAGGAUUAUUUCCACAGCAUUUUCCGGGUAACGUUACAGUCUACAUUCGAAUAAUUUUUCUCGCAAGUACGAGUCACGACUUCGCCCAAAAAAGUCUUUUUCUCUUUUAUUUUUUGUUAUCUUCACCAUUCAUUUUCACGUUCAUGCCAUUAAGUUUUAUUGCACUUUCUCUUAAAAUCCUCAUGGUGUUUACCAUUAAAAUAAACAAAAAUGAAAAUCAUUUGAGGAUGACAGAAGGUCAAGAAAGCUUUUUUGUUCAAUCGCAAUCCCAAACAAAAAGAAUCAUAUUUGUAAUCAAAAUAUCUACUAGAUAA